AUUGCUGGUCAGUUUCAUACGCUGCAGUGCGAUUGGUUCACCUAUUUCCCGAUAACGAACACUUCAAGGGAAGCAUUUACUAGCACUCGGAAUUAUUGCUGUGAGGUCAUUUACAAUUCCAGUCUAGUCAGUCCCGGUCCGAGACGACGCGUACGGUCGCGUAUCAGCGUAUCGGUACCGAACACAAGCACAACCCGUUCAAAUAUUGACCAAUCAAUCUAUUUUCUAUUUAUCUAAUCCUGAAAAUUUCAUCUUCGUUCAACGUCAAGUAGCACCUUCGGUUUCAGGGUUUUGCUUUCUCUGUUUGCUGGGGGGGGUUUGCGUGUCGUUUGAUUUUUCCGUACGUGUCCUUUUUCCCGAACGCAUAAUGAUGUGCUGCCGUUUGUUUCGGGUAGAUCGAUCACCGGUCCUGGUCCGGAUAGGAAACGGUAACCAUUGGGUGUGCAAUUAACGUACCAACAGUGAAUCGUUACGUUAGUGGUUAGCCUGGUGGCCACAACUUACCAGAACGUACCCGUUUCAGGAUUGUCGUCCACGAUGUUUACCCUUCGUACCUUUUUUCUUUGCGCACUAAAUUAUUUCCUGCAGGUAAUGUUUCAAAGCAACAUUAGUGCCCAGUGAGCAACAUUAUCGAACCUUGGGGCGAAAACACCGAAAGGCAGGAAAAAUGACACCUAAUGUGGUGGACAGUGUAGCGACAGACACCGAUCCGAACGGUAGCUGCGUACUCACAACAAACACGGCAUCGGAAGCGCUACGGAAUAGGAAACAGGACACCCAAAGCACAAUCAACGACCAAAACAACAACAGUACAGCCAGCGAUAGUGGCGGUGGUGGUGGUGGUGUUAAUCACUGUGAUCAUGACACGGGCGUACCCUUUCGGGCCCAGAUACGGUGGCCCGACUUUUGCGCCCAGCUGUUCGUGCACGUUGGCUUUCUGAUUGGGCUCUACUAUUUGGUGACAUUCCGCGCCAAGUUCUACACAUAUCUAUGGACCGUGGGAUUGGUGUGGGCCACCGGCUUGGGUAUAACGGCCGGUGCUCAUCGGCUAUGGUCGCACAAAUCGUACAAAGCCCGUUGGCCAUUAAGGUUGUUACUGAUGUUCCUAUUUACAAUAUGUGGACAGCGUGAUGCAUACACGUGGGCACACGACCAUCGCGUACACCACAAGUACUCGGAAACCGAUGCCGAUCCGCACAACGCCAAGCGUGGCUUUUUCUUCGCCCACGUGGGCUGGGUGUUUCUGACGCCACAUCCGGAAGUGGUCGCUAAGCGGAAAAUCAUCGACAUGAGCGAUCUCGAGGCCGAUCCGAUCGUGAUGCUGCAGCGACGCUUUUACAUUCCACUGUUUGCGCUGCUCGUCAUUGGGCUGCCGGUGCUGGUGCCCUGGUACUGCUGGGACGAGCAGCUAACGAUUGCGUUCUGGGUGUGCUUUACGUUUCGCUUUACCACCACGCUCAACAUUGCGUUCUUUGUGAACAGUGUGGCGCACAUGUUUGGCAACAAGCCGUACGAUAAGAGCAUCAGCCCGGUGGAAAAUUUGGCCGUUGCAAUCGCGGCAAUGGGCGAGGGCUGGCACAACUACCAUCACGUGUUCCCGUGGGACUACAAGACGAGCGAGCUGGGCAGCUAUCUGUUUAACGUCACCACCGGCUUUAUCGAUUGUUUUGCGCGUCUCGGAUGGGCUUAUGAGCGUAAAUCCGUGCCACCCGAAGUAGUGGCACGCCGUGCGGCCAAGUGUGGCGAUGGUACACACUUUCUUACCGACGAGUACGCACAUCAGGAUGCCGUAUGGGGUUACGGCGAUCAGGACAUACCAAAGGAAGAUGUAGAUGCUAUUGUACGGACACAACGCUGAACAACGAACCUGGCAUGGGACAGCCCGCAUAACCAGUGCAUGGGAGUAACACUUCGUUAGCUUGUUUAUAAUCAGCUUUACUAGAAUGUGUUUGCGGGCAUUAGUCAGCUAAUGAUUAAU